AUGCCCCCGGCAGCUGGCUGUUCGUUUGCAUCGCCGAAUAUUCAUCCUGAUCACCGGCCAAUAUAUAUAGCUAGGAUGUGCUUGUUCACGAGCUUCCUUCCAAAGCAAAUGGCUGCCGUGCGCUUCUGCCACCGAAUACAGAUCCUCAUGCUUCUCUGCUACUCGGUAUGGCUAUGGCCUCCUGCUACCUCGCUCUCUUUCACCACCAACUUCUCUCUUCCCGGUGGCUAUGACGCCAGCAAGCACCUCCGCUUCCAGCGCGACGCGCGCUUCGACCACGACUCCCGGAUGAUCCAUCUGACAAAAGCCGGCGGGAGCCCAAGAAACAGCGUAGGCCGGGUGUUGCACGCGCACCCCGUGACUCUGUGGGACGCCGCCACCGGCGAGCUCGCCGGAUUCAACACCUCCUUCACCUUCCGAAUCAAGGCUGCAAGCAGUAACACAUCCAGUGGCGAUGGCCUGGCUUUCUUCCUGGGGCACUAUCCUCCAACGACCAUCCCCGAAUCCCUCGACGACGGUCGCAACCUUGGCCUCUACCCGAAAGGCAUGGGCAGGGUCGCGACCGGCGCCGACCGGGCCGUAGCGGUCGAGUUUGACACCCUCAGGAACCCUGAGGUCGACCACAGCGGCAGCCACAUGGGCAUCGACGUCAACUCCAUCGAAUCCCUGGCGUACACCAAUGCAACCUGGCCUGAUAGGCAGCUCACGUCCGGCCUCCCAAUGUCUUGCCACAUCAGCUACGACACCAAGAUCCUAGCAGCCGUCCUCAAGAUCGGCAACGCGACCUACCAUGUCAACACCAGUGUUGACCUGAGGAAGCAUUUGCCUCCUGUGGUGGCCAUCGGCUUCUCAGCUGCUACCGGCCAGGGGUUCGAGAUACACCAAAUCGUAUCCUGGUCGUUUCACUCCACCUUGGAUCCGCCCACGCAAAGCUCCAAGCUUCUGCCGCCAAAAAACUACAAGAUGACGUGCAAACUGCUAGUAGAGGUAACAACUGUUCCAGUCAUUGGAAUUAUUGGAAUUGUGUGCAUCUUUGUUCGCGUCCGUCGAUGGCAGUUAUGCACGAGAAAGAAGCAUUACACAGCUCUCGCCAGGGGCCUUGGACAUUUUGAUUGUCAUGAGCUAUCACGCGCGGCCAACAAAUUUGCAAAGGAAAACAAGCUCGGGGAAGGAGGUUCUGCCUCUGUUUAUCGGGGCCAACUGACAAGUCCAACAAGAGCGGUGGCGAUAAAGAUAUUUAAACCGGCAACAUCCCGCGAGGGGAGGAAGGCAUUUGAGGAUGAACUAAGGAUUGCCAGUCGGCUGAGGCACCGGAACCUUGUCGAAUUGAUAGGCUGGUGCUACAGCGGCCCGAGGAAUCUUGUCGAGUUCAUAUGCUGGUGGCGGGACGACAUGUACACUCGUCUAUUCCUUGUGUAUGAGUUGUUGCCACAAGGUAGCCUUGAUCAACACCUACACGGUGGCAACAGUUGGUUACCAUGGUCCAAGAGGUACGAGAUCAUCCUAGACCUAGGAUCUGCACUGCAAUACCUCCACGUAGAUUGCGAGCAAGACAAGCAAUGUGUUGUACAUGGUGAUAUCAAAUCGAGCAAUGUGCUACUUGACCCUUUGUACGGCGCCAAGUUAGGUGACUUCGGAUUGGCAAGGUUUGUUCAUCAAGAAAUUGGGGCACAGACCACAGAUGUUGUGCAGGGCACUUACGGGUAUAUAGACCCUGUGUUUGUCAACACGAGCCAACGGAAUACGCAGUCCGACAUCUACAGUUUCGGCAUUGUGCUACUAGAGAUGGUCUCUGGAAGGGACCCGACGGUGCGUCUUAAUGAUAGACCUCCAUUGCCUUCAUGUGUAAGGAGUUUGUACCAUGGGAAUGCGCUCCUCGGGGCCGCAGAUGUCAGGCUGAUAGGUGGCGAGUCCAGUGUCGGGAGACAGCAGAUGAAGCGUGUGCUACUAGUCGGGCUCUUGUGCGUGCACCAGGACCCGAGCUGCCGACCGUCCAUCAUCCAGACAAUGGAUGCCCUGCGGUCGGAGAAGUUGAAAUUGGAUAUCACUCCCCUAGCGCCUGUGACACCACUCUUGAUGCCGUAG